GCCUCACUGAACACAGACAUUUCAGCACACACUGAUCUGACUGACUCAACACAGGAGAAAAAAAUCAAGACUGAUUCUGAGUGAUAAAGAAGACCAGAGAUUAAGCUUUAGACUAGCUAGCUAAGCAAGAUGGACUACGCCAAGAAAUCUCUCAAUCUGUUCUCACCCUCUUCUCUUUCAGAUAUAUCUAACAAAUGUGUAGCAGCCAGCGCUUCUGUCCUGCCAAAUUUUAACCCACGCUCCAGACCGUUCCGCAUUACCAACUCCGACCGCACUCUGAAGAAGGGCAUCAUGGCAAAUGGGUUAAAUGACCUACUCAGCAAGGCGAAAGAUGCAUUUCAAAUGUCCUGUGAGGCAGGCCUCGUACUGGAUGAGGAUGGGACAGGAGUGGACACAGAGGACUUCUUCCAGACCCUGAAGGAUAGCACUGUGCUCAUGAUCUUGGAAAAGGGACAGAAGUGGAACCCUCAUCAGAACAGUCAAGCAAGUAAAGCUUCAGCAAGCAAAACAAAGCAUAGAAAAGACCUGGCCAGACUUACCCUCGACUUCUACAAGAACCAUCCACAAGAAUUCAUCGGCUGCCUUAAUGUCCAGAUGACUCUAUAUGGGACCUACUCCAUGUCAUAUGACUUGCAGUGCUACCAUGCCAAAAGGAUGCUGAGGGAAGCUCUUAGAUGGACUUUGUUCAGCAUGCAGGCUACUGGCCAUAUUUUAGUCGGCACUUCAUGCUACAUGCAACAUCUGAUUGAUGAGGAGGAGAAAGCUGAGGCACAACUGGCUACAUCCAGCUAUUUAAGCAAACCCUUCAAGGCUAUCCAGUGGAGAAGGUUUGCAGCUGAUUUUAAAAACAAGUAAAAGAGUUCGCAGAACCUUUUGUGAACCUUUUUCCCAGGAAAAUGGUUCAGAAAUCAUUGUGGUGUCAUGUUACCUUUGUUACUAUACAUAAAACUUUUAAUGACAGGAGCAUACUUGUUAGAUAGCAACCUAAAAAUCACCAUGGUUAUAUUUUGCUAUUUACUGUAAUAGUUGUAGGUACGCACGUUUCUUUAAUAAGAAGAUAUUUAUAUUUAUUUACACUUUAAACUGCCAAGAAUGAUACAUGUUUUUGUGACUGUUGUACUUUUUCUAUGUAGCUUACUUUAUAGGAUCAUAUCUAAAGCUUUAAGUUUUCUGGGUGUUUUUUGUAGAUAUGUAUUCUGUAUGCAUGUAAAUAUUGUACAUUGUAUAUGUUCAAUAAAAAAGAGGAUGAGGAAAAGAG